CUUGAAGAGAAGCAGCGUAGCCAAAGAUGCCGCCAACACAACGACUUCUACAGUGUUGUUCACCAUGGUGCUUUGCUCCUUCAUCCCUUCCAAUCAAGAAAGGAUGUUCUCACAUAUACUCAGGGAAAUUGUUUAGUAUUGCAAAAAAAUUCAAAGCUACAAAAAUGAGAACCACAUCAAUAGUGGCUACUGCUUCCAGUAUUAAUAAGGAAGGGAGUCAGGACCACGAUGUUCAGCAAGUUACUGAAAAUCUUUUUCUUGGUAUGGAUUUUGGGACAUCCGGAGCUCGCUACGUUAUUAUUGACAAGCAAGGAAUAAUUUAUGCUGAACGUAAAAGAGAUUAUCCACCAUGUAAGGCAGAAUGGGAACACUGUGCACUGGACAAGUUCAUGGAAAAUGACUCUAUUCUUGCUACUUGAAGAUAUUCCUUAUAGUCUCCGUCCAUUUAUUGUUUCAAUUUCUAUCGAUGGAACUUCAGCCACAACCAUUAUAGUCGACAGUAAGACAGGUGAGCCAUUAUGGAAACCUUUUCUCUACAAUGAGAGUUGUCCCGAUGCUUUACCAUUGGUCAAGUCCAUUGCUCCGGAGAAUCAUACAGUCUGCACUGGUUCUUCUACCCUCUGUAAACUUGUUUCGUGGUGGAAUUCAUAUAAUUUAAGUAAAGAUGCGGCAACAUUGUUGCAUCAAGCUGAUUGGCUAUUGUGGCUUCUUCAUGGUAAGAUUGGAGUUUCAGACUAUAACAACGCUCUAAAGGUCGGAUAUGAUCCUGAAAUCGAGUCAUAUCCCAAGUGGUUACUUUCUCAGCCAUACUCAAUGAUGUUACCUUCUGUUAGAGCUCCUGGAACUUCCAUUGGCUGCAUAGUAGAUGAUAUCAGAGACCAAUAUGGUUUUUCGAAAGAUUGUAUUGUCUGUACAGGAACAACAGAUAGCAUCGCUGCUUUUCUUGCAGCACGUGCUUCAGAACCUGGAAAAGCUGUAACCUCUUUGGGUUCAACGCUUGCUGUUAAACUACUCAGUACUAACAGAAUUGACGACGCGCGAUACGGGGUUUAUAGCCAUCGCCUUGAUGAUAAAUGGCUUGUUGGAGGUGCAUCAAAUACUGGUGGUGCAGUUCUUAGACAGAUCUUCACUGAUGAAGAAUUAAAAGAACUGAGUGGACAAAUCAAUCCAAUGAUAUCUUCUCCCCUAGAUUACUACCCUCUCCCAGCAGUUGGGGAACGAUUCCCUCUGGCAGACCCAAAAAUGGCCCCAAGAUUACAACCACGCCCACAAAGUGAUGCCGAGUACUUGCAUGGUAUACUUGAAUCCAUUGCACGCAUUGAGGCGAAAGCUUAUGGGUUACUGAAGGAGCUGGGUGCAAGUGAAGUUCAAGAAGUGUUUACAGCAGGAGGAGGCUCAAAAAAUGAGAAAUGGAUACAGAUUAGAGAGAGAGUGCUAGGCUUACCCGUGAGUCGGGCAGUUCAAACCGAAGCUGCAUAUGGUGCUGCCCUACUGGCAUUGAAGGGUUUCCAGGGAUCUCAUGCAGACUCAGUUUCAAAUAUAGAAAAUUGACCAUAGGGCUUGUAAAUAUCAAUGGCCAAUAAGGUAUGGAGCGGCCAGGAUGUAUUCAGAAGCUAAUCUGGUCAGUGUUUUGAUGUUUUGGGGAUAUAUUUAUGUGGCACAUAAUUAAUGAACAACAUGCUUUCAGUAAACAGGAAAUGAAACAAGAGUUUUAAGUUUUACAUAUGACAAA